CCUCAGCUGACGGACCAGGCGCCGCCGCCGCCGCCGACGACGCCUCGGCCUCCUCCUCCUCCUCCGCCUCGGCCUCGUCCCUGAGGUUGGAAUCCGAUACAGCUGUUCAGACCUUCAGCGUGGUAUUAAACUUGAUUCCCUCCAGUCAUCAAACUCGUUCUUUUAGGGCUUGAAUUAAACAACACUCCAAAAUGGGCAGAAUUUUUCUGGAUCACAUUGGCGGCACUCGCCUGUUUUCCUGUGCAAACUGUGACACGAUCCUGACCAACCGAUCGGAACUCAUCUCCACACGUUUUACCGGAGCCACCGGGAGAGCUUUUCUCUUUAACAAGGUAGUGAACCUGCAGUACAGCGAAGUCCAGGACCGGGUUAUGCUCACUGGCCGUCACAUGGUUCGAGACGUGAGCUGCAAAAACUGCAACAGCAAACUAGGUUGGAUCUACGAGUUUGCCACCGAAGACAGCCAGCGUUAUAAAGAGGGCCGCGUGAUCCUGGAACGGGCCCUGGUUCGAGAGAGCGAGGGCUUUGAGGAGCACGUGCCGUCCGAUAAUUCUUGAAGAGAAAGAGACUGCCACCUCCCCCCAGGUUUCCUUCACUCAAUCAGAGAAAAAAAAAUUCCACUUACACACACUGUCACCUUAGCAUCCGAUUCUGGUACACGGACUGUGAAACAGAGGUUGUUAGAAUUUGAUGGAACCUUUCUCUUUCUUUUUUGUUUUAUUUUCUAUUUUCCAUCCCUCACCUGUGUAUAGCAAGAAUACUAUGCAGAUGCCUUUACCUCUUUCCCUCUUAUAUUUACAGCUUGAAAUCCAAUAGUGACUCUGCAAGCUAUACAGUCGGCCGAAGGGGAAAAAUCUAGGAUAUGAGAGCGAAAGUCUUUUUUUUUUUUUUUUGCGUAAACUUGGAAGGGCGGUUUUGAAACUUCUUUUGGGGGGCGGGGGGGCUUAAUUUAAAAAACUUUUGAAGUGAUAACUUUCCCUGAUUUUGCUAGCUUCAAAUAAGGGAUCCGAAUUUGUGACCAGUGCUAAAGGUUCAGUGUUAGUAUGGCUUGUGCUCGCCAUUGUGCCAUAUUCUUGUUGGGGUUGAACAGUAGCAAAGAGCCCAUUCUUCCUUGUCAGUUUUGGCCCGAAGAUGACGUCACAUUCCCAGUUACAUCUCCACACGGUCGGUGUUGAUUGGAAAUGUUUUUAAGAUGGGGCAGAACUACCUGGUUGUCUUUUUAUUUUUUUUCCUGUAACUUAAGCAUAGAAAUAAUAUAAAAUAAAGUAAUCGGUGUUCAA